UGAAAGAGUUCACCGGAAGCACUCCCUUUAACUCUUGUAACUUGACGGUGUUCCCAAACCUCCAUCCACGUUGUCUCUCUCCCGUUAACCGGGGAUGGACCGCGUCUUCGGGGGUGACCUGUCGUGACCUCCGCCGCUCCACCACCUGAUGGAGGUUUAACCGCGUCAACAUGCAGAGCGACUGUGAUCCACACAGGCCCGCUCAUCCGGGGGUUUUCCCAACACGCGAAGCCAGGAAGAGCGACCACCAGCCGGCUGGAUGCAGCGUGAACUUCCCGGUGUCUGUGGUUCUUCCCGCCGGUGGCACCGGAGAGAGAACCGGCUUGUUGACACCGAAACAGUUCUGCUCGUUCCUGGGCCGGCCGCUCAUAAGCUACACUGUGCAGGCUUUCGAGAGGGUGCCGUGGAUCCAGUGCAUCGUGGUCGUCGUUGCCAAAGAAAACGUCGACCUGAUGACGGACAUCAUCCAGCGCUUCCAGCACAGGAAGGUUCGAGUGGUGCCGGGUGGCUCGACUCGCCACAGGUCGAUAUGUAACGGAGUGCUGGCUCUGGGCGAGGGGGAGGAGGAGGAGAGGCCGAAGGUGGUGAUCAUUCACGAUGCCGUGCGGCCUUUUGUGGAGGAGGACUUUCUGUACAAGAUAGCCAUGGCUGCCAAGGAACAAGGGGCAGCAGGAGCUAUCCGUCCUCUUGUUUCCACAGUGAUAGCCACCACGCAAGAGGGCUACCUGGAUCAUUCUCUGGAACGAGCCAAGUACAGAGCCAGCGAGAUGCCUCAGGGAUUCACAUACGAUGUCAUCUAUCAAGCCUAUCAGAGGUGCAGUGAGUCAGACUUUGAGUUUGGCACUGAGUGUCUCCAUCUGGCUUUGCAGUACUGUGGCACCAAUGCCAAGCUCCUCCAGGGUCCGCCAACACUGUGGAAGGUAACCUACAAACGGGAUUUGGCUGCUGCAGAGUCCAUUAUCAAAGAGACUCUUUCGGGGACGGCUUGUGUUAUUACAGGUGGAUCUGCACAAGCUGUGACUCUGGCUGACGCUCUCCAGAAGGCUGUUGGAGCUCUCGACACAGAGCUGGAUGUCAUCCCAGAUCUGCUGGGAGAAAACGCCAGGUAUCUAUUAAAGGAGUCGAACUUCAUCCAGGUUUCUGUCAACGGUUCAAGCCUGUCUGAAGUGGAGACCUUGCUGAGGGAUUUGGAGGCAGUGAAUCAGGCUGUUCUGCACCCGCUGGUCGUCAUUUGGAUGCAUUUGAGCACCUCGGACGAGCUGUCCGUCAGCGGCAGAGCGGUAGAGCCGGCAGCCAUCAUGGACCUCGCCUCUGCAGCCAAACUCCAAAAUAUCCUCCUCUACGGCAUCCAGCUUCAUCAGUCAAAGGACGCGGAGCUUUGGGAGAGGUCAGUGCUGAAGGUCGCUGAGAUCACGUCAGCGCUGAUCCGGGAGAGGAGCCCCGCCCUGGUGGGACAGCUUCUGCAGGCAUGAGGGGAAGCAGCGACCCAACAGAAAAUCCCCCGUCAGCGUGACUCAUGAACGCCGCAGGAAUGAGACUGCUCUGAAUCCGUCUCUCUAUCAGCCACAGCAGAGAAAGUUUGGUCAAAAUGAAACCGACUGAGAUAUCCUGACUUUUAAUCCUGAGUGCAUCUCGAGCUCCAGUAAUCCAGAAUCACUCACUUCAGGAAGAGCGCCUGACUUAUCUGUGUGAUGGUGACAUCAUGUGACACGGCGGGGCCCAAAAAGAUUUUUUCCCACGAGCUCAUGUUGUGACGAAAGCGGCUGUAAAACGACAAAUACGCUUGUUUUUCAGUGUCACGUUCCCCGUGAACUGACUCGUUUCCUGAUCAGAAUUUGAUCCGUUCGGUAAUCGAACAUUUGCAAAGUCUACACGGCCUCACGGUGAAAUGAUUUUAUCCCCAUUGAAGUUAGCGGAGGGCUCGGCUGGGGAAGAAAUCGAAAUUUUUGGGCUUCGAGCGUCACUGAGCAGCUUCAAUAAGAAUCAGCGCUGUUACUCCGCUGUAACAAGGCUUUCUGCUAAAAACUGAAAAGUGGCGGUGACACUUUUCAGUUUUUGGUCUGUUCGGUUGGUAAAGUGGCCGCUGAAGUUUCUCUUGUCCAAACAAACAACAAAAACAUCUGCAUAAGAUAUUAGAAGUAUUAAAAAUGUAGAAACUCUGCACAGCGAUGCAAAGAACGUAAAAAAAUUCAGAACCUAGCAGCUUUAAAAUGACUCGACAACGUUUGAUCAACGUUUGUCCUCUCCAAUAAAGCACAAACGAACACGGAGGAUCAUAAUUCAUGUGAACACGAAUGACGAGGCCUCGCUCAGAUGCUGCAUGUACGCUCACAGAACAAACGUUUGCCUCAGACCUGCACUGACAGUCAGUAUCACUACAUUAACAUAUUAAUGUCGGGAUUUAAAUUACAAUAUGUAUUACAACAAAAACUGUAAGACUGCUGGACGAAGUGUCCAUGUGUUUGAUUCGUUUCAGUCGGGUUGAUUUCAGCAAACUAAACUUCUAAUAAAUCAUAAACGAUCUGUGCAUGUGACCAAGAUGCUAAUUAAUCAUCUGGUAACCACGGUAACAUGCAUGUGCAGUGAUAUUUUAAGUAAAACGUGCCGACACGGUAACUGUUUACGGUAAAAGAUGUUUGGUUUUUGUCCCGUUUCUACCUGCUCCUCAUUAAUAAUGCUCAUAAUCUCUUUUUCACGUCGUCAUGUGGACACAGUAUACUGUACACACAGUUGAGCUGCUGUAUUUUGUCAUAACCACUGAAAUGUAACGAGAGGGUGCUUUAUAUUUUUGUACUUCAUUAAAGCAGCAUAUUUAAAACGA